UUAUUAUUAUUAUCAACAGCAACAACUACGCUUUUAUUUCGCUGUAGUUCACGAGACACGAAAGAGUGAGGGUGUGCGCGCGCGAGAGAGUUAAUUUUGCGAACAGUUUCCGCUUCCGGUUUUGUAUCAAUUUCUGUCUCCUAAACUCAGUGAUGUCGUUCUCCGGUGAGGACGGUCGGGAUGGACACACUCGCGUUCACACUCGGACCUCUCCGGGAUUCCUGGAGCGUCUGGGAGAAACCAUGGGUGGGAUGUUGGUGGGCGUGGCCCUCUUUGUCCUCUCCUUCUACGUGCUUUUCACUAAUGAGGGGAGAGCGGUCCGCACCGCGUCCUCUCUGAAUGAGGGUCUCGCCCAGGUCGUGACGCUUCACGCAGAUGUCUAUGUCGACCCACAGAACAACGGACGCCUCGUUCAUCUCUCCACCUCUCUGCGCACGCCUCAGCCUCUGUCUGAUCCGAACUACAGGGUUUCAGUUCAGGCAGUGAAGCUGAGGAGGAAUGUGGAGAUGUACCAGUGGGUGGAGUAUCAUGAGUCACGGGACUACACAGAGAACGGAGAAACUAAAACAGAGACCACCUACACUUACAACACAGAGUGGAAGUCGGAAAUCAUCAACAGUAAAAAUUUUGAUAAGGAGAUCGGCCACGUCAAUCCCAGUGCGAUGGCGGUGGAGAGUGUCACUGUCGUUGCCCCUGAUGUGUGGGUCGGCCUUUUCUCUCUCUCAAAAGGUUUAAUCGAUCGUAUUAAUAAUUUCCAGACUCUGAGUCUGAGUGCACUGUUUGUUACUGACCCGUUUCUCACGGUGUAUGAAGAUUAUUUCUACCACACGGCCAACCCACGGAGACCAGAGGUGGGGGAUGUACGUGUGAGCUUCUCCUACGCUGGACUCAGUGGUGAAGGCUCUUACCUCGGACCAGCGCAGAAAGUGAGUGUCGUGGCGAUGCAAAUGGAUGAAAAACUUAUGCCUUUUAAGACCAAAUCAGGAGAUACGCUGGAGAUCCUUUACCUGGAGGAGCUGACGGCUGAGGAGGUCUUUGCUCGAGAACAUCAGUACAACAUGAUGAUGACGUGGGGUCUGCGAAUGGGCGGUUGGCUUCUCAUGUUCAUUGGGAUCAAUCUGACCAUGCGCAUCUUUUACACUCUUGUGGACUGGGUCCCUGUGCUGAGAGAGCUGGUGUCUCUGGGCGUGAAGCUCUUCGCUGUGUGCGUGUCCUGCUCUCUCUCACUUCUCACCAUCUCCAUCGGCUGGCUGUUUUAUCGCCCCCUGGUGGCUCUGCUGAUCUCUGCAGUCGCAGUGCUCCCCGUCCUCAUCACGCACGCCCGUAAAGCCGAGAAAAAACACCAAUGACAACCACAGAGAGCGGGACGGUGAAUUCACAAACAUAGAUUCUUUUGUCACAUGGACCACUCCCGCUACCACUGUUCAUCACACACUGCAACAAACCAGUGUGCUGGCUCGAAAUACAAGGGGUGGAUUCACAUGGGCCCGGCCCACUCUGAUAAAAACCAAAGGUCAACGCACUUUCUAACAGGAGUGUGUGUUUUUAUUUUAAAGACAUUGUAAUACAGUUUCUGAAAACAUUACCUGGGGCAGGUGAGGGGGCGGGGGAACAAAAACAUCUCACGCUGAGCCAAAAAAAAGAACCUUGAUAAUGCAGACUCUGUGAUUCUGAUUGGUCUGGAGGUGUUGAUUAAUUUUCUAUAACAGCAGCUCUGACAGUAAUUAGGCUUUAUAUUAACACGCUUUUUAUGAUGCGUUAUCGUUGCCAUGGUAACAGCUCAUGCACUGUGAUAUUUCCUGGAAAGAGAUCUUUAACAUUUAUGGAAGGAGUCUCCAGUGUUAGUGCUUUGUAACAGUCAGGUAAAGCUGUACUUUUAAUUUUUUUUAUGUGAUACAAGAACUCUAGCUGUUUUUUCACAAUUCACAAUUUUAAAUGGAUAAAAACCUGGUGUUGAGUACUAAAGAACACUUAGAAACAUGCCGUUAUAGAAAACUAAUCAAGUAAAGGAAGGAAACCGUGUGCUGGACUUCCGACUAAAUCACACACCAGUGCGAUUUAUUCCGUUCUAAAUCCACACCUUUUGACCAAUCGGAAUCCGGAAUUCUGCCAAGCUGUGGUGUAAAUGCUAUGAGGAAUACAUACACGUUGAAAUGUACAUUGUGUCAUAGGGUGUAAGUGUCAAGUGGUAGUUUAUCUAAUUUACUUUAUUUUCUGUUUUAAGGUGAAAAAAGGUCAAGAGAAAGUGAUAUGCAAAAAAAAAAAAAAUUUAAAUCCUGCACUUAUGUAUGUUCUGAAUGUUUUGUUGAAUAAGCAAAUUAAAAACAUGCUCCACCCCCUUUUUCUGGUAAA